CCCCUUUACCGGAGAGCCGGGGUCCAGAGGUGCGCCUGCCCCAGGAUGGGGGCAAUGGCUGCUCCCCUCGGGCGCGCCAUUUCCCAGGGGAGGGCCGCGUCCUCCGGGCCGGCGGUGCGGGGACCGCUCCCCAACGGCUCUGGGCAGAACCCCUGCUCGUGGAUGGCGAUCGCCUCAGCCCGCCAGCUGCCUGCCUUGGCUCCGAGACCAGGCGACGAAACGCGCACCCCGCCCCCACCGGUGCCCCGGCGCUGUCGCCCCAGUCACCUUCCUUUGCCCUUCUCCGACAGCACCUCGGGCUCGCUCCCUCCCGCUCUGGGCAAAAGCCGAGGAAACGAACUCGGUUCCCGGAGCCAGCUGGGACUGUGGAGAGGCGGCCAGAAUCCUCAACAGCUUGGAAAUCCAUCACCUUGGUUCCCUGAGACUUGAAGUAGGAACUGACAGCUGGCUGACAGAAAACUCAUCCAGGGAGAGAAAAGACACAAGUGAACCCUGCACCUCAUCGCCACUUUCUGUGUCACUUGGGGCCUUCAGGUCCUAAACUUCGUGGGUCCUGUGGAUGCUUUGCAUCCAGAAUGGACCUCUGAGUUGGGACCCAAGCUGUCGACAAUCCUAAAUUCCCAAGUUCCUGAGUUGCAGGUAUUGAUUUCUGACUUUUGAAGAUGGAUGAAGGUGUAGAAGUUUCACGUGAUGGAAAUUCCCUGAUCAAAGCCGUCCAUCAGAGCCGGCUUCGCCUCACAAGACUCUUGCUGGAGGGCGGCGCCUACAUUAACGAGAGCAAUGACCGCGGGGAGACGCCUUUAAUGAUUGCUUGUAAGAGCAAACACGUUGAUCACCAGAGUGUCAGUAAAGCCAAAAUGGUUAAAUACCUGCUAGAAAACAAUGCUGAUCCCAACAUACAGGACAAGUCUGGGAAAACCGCUCUGAUGCAUGCUUGCUUAGAAAAAGCCGGUCCAGAAGUCGUGUCUCUGCUUCUCAAGAGUGGGGCUGAUCUCAGCUUGCAAGACCAUUCUAGUUACUCAGCCCUCGUUUAUGCUAUAAAUUCAGAAGAUAGAGAGACCCUGAAAGUUCUGCUUAGUGCCUGCAAGGCAAAAGGGAAAGAGGUCAUUAUCAUAACGACAGCGAAAUCACCCUCUGGCAGGCACACAACCAGACAGUACUUAAACAUGCCUCCUGGGGAUACAGACGGGAGUCCUGCGCCAGCCACCUGUGCCACUCCUUCAGAAAUAGACAUAAAAACAGCCUCGUCGCCACUUCCAUAUUCUCCUGAAACCGAAAUGACACUUUUUGGCUUUAAAGAUCUGGAGCCCUCAGGAAGCAGUGAUGAUACACUGGACCCAGGCUCCCCUGUGAGGAAGCCUGCUGUGGCUCCUAAUGGGCCCAAGCUACCCCAGGCCCCACCCUGGAUCAAGAGUCCCCCCUCAUUAAUGCACCAGCACAGAGUGGCCUCUUUGCAAGAGGAGCUCCAGGAUAUUACUCCAGAGGAAGAAUUAUCCUACAAAACCAACGGGCUGGCACUUUCCAAGCGAUUCAUCACCAGGCACCAAAGCAUUGAUAUAAAAGACACUGCACAUUUGCUAAGAGCCUUUGAUCAGGCGAGCUCAAGAAAGAUGUCAUAUGAUGAAAUAAAUUAUCAAUCAUUUUUUUCAGAAGGAAAUCAACAAUGCAUUGAAAUCCCUGUUGACCAGGACCCAGACUCUAACCAGACAAUAUUUGCUUCCACCUUAAGAAAUAUAGUUCAGAAAAGAAACUCAGGGGCUAAUCACUACAGCUCUGAUUCCCAGCUCUCAGCUGGUCUAACCCCUGCAACCUUGGAAGAUGGCAAAGCAUUUAUAGGAAAGAAAAAGAUCCUCUCACCCUCUUCUUCCUUGUUGUCAGGGUCCAAAGAAUUGUUGGAGAAUAUCCCCCCAGGGCCCCUGAGCAGGAGAAAUCAUGCAGUUUUAGAAAGGCGUGGUUCAGGAGCUUUCCCUUUAGAUCAUGGUAUUACCCAGACCAGACCAGGAUUUCUACCACCCUUAAAUGUGAGUCCGCACCCUCCCAUCUCAGAUAUCAAUGUCAGCAAUAAGAUUUCCAGCCUUCUUUCUUGUGGUCAAAAAGUGCUUAUGCCAACAGUUCCUAUCUUCCCUAAAGAAGUCAAAAGUAAGAAAAUGUUGUUAAGGAGACAAUCAUUGCAAACAGAACAAAUUAAGCAAUUAGUAAAUUUUUAAGAGAUGGCUAGAAGACACAUUUUGAUCAAAUGUCUAUAUCAGAAAUAUAGAACUAGAGAAGAAAUCUCAAAUGUUCAUCCUUUUAAAUCUUGUAAUCAGUUAAUCCAUAAUGGUUAGGGAGAUCAAAAUGUACUGUGUAUCAUACUAAGUACUGUGAACACACAAAUAAUAUAUAGUUUCUGCUGAGGAAAUUCUCUCAAACAAAAUUAAAGCUAUUUUUCUCAAAACUUCCAAUAUUUAACAACCUUCAUGUCGUCCCAGUUUUUAAUUUAAACAAAAAUCAGCAAAGAACAAAGGUCACCUAUGUUGGAGAUAACUUAAAAAAUUUCAGAUUUGCCAAAUAUUUUAUUAGGAAACAUUGUGUUCAAGUCAAUAAGUUUCUUUGAACAUUUCAAAUCAAUAAAUAAGAAAGAUUCUAAUUUUCCAUGAGGUCAAAAGCAUAAAAGAAAACAUUGACAGUUAUAAAAUUUUCUAUGAUCAAUAAGCCUAAGCCACAAAGAAAGAAUGAACUAAUUCUUAAAAAAUGUUGACUGCAGAUGGGUGAAAAUCUAAUUAAAAUUUUAAAAGGUCAACCAUUAUAGUAGACUGGGCAGCUAAUACUCAUGUUGUCAGCUUCGUCAGUGUCAAAACGGCAGCUCCGAGUUUUACAAGCUAGUGACAACCGAGGCCAAGUGUCUGUGUGCUGUCUUUUGCUUUAUUUUGUUUUUUAAACAAACGUUCCUAUAACAUUAUCUUACGGAAUUCUUCUUUCUCCAUAUCUUUUCAUUCCUGUUAUUAUUUUUUGAAGCAUAUCCAUAGGUUCCCAGUAACAAGAUAAUAUAAAAGUUAAAAACGAUCCUCUUUACUUAUAUCAAAUUAUUCUUGUCUUUCUGAGAAAGAAAAAAGUUUGGGAUUUAUCACAAAUACAAACUAAAUGCUUGCUUUGUUUUAAAAAAGAAAAACUGAUUCUUAGAUUAUCUUAGGUUAGCUAAAAUUAAGAAAGCCAGUAGAAACUUAAUUACAAAAUAUACUAAAUAUUCACUCAAUAUUAAACAAUAUCUUUUUAUUUCUGAUAUAUAAUUAUUAGACAUUUAAAUAAUAAGGAUAUGUAAGGAUAAAUUCCCUAGUGUUACAUUCCAAUCAUCUAGUAUUUUAGGACCUGUGAAUAACUUCUAACAAAAUAAAUGAAUACCAUGCUACCAUCAUACAGUAUUAUAAAAUGACUAAAUUAUCUAUACGAUUUCAAAAUGUGGUGUUUAUAUAAAGAGUUCUUAUUUCAAUCUAGCUGUUUUACAACAAAGAAUAGAUCAAACUAUACAAAACCUGAGUGUGUUAAUUUGAUGAUUGUCAUAUAAAACUUUAUUUCUUCGCCUUCCAUCAGUGGAGGAGAUCCUAACAAUUGGCAUGAUGCUGUUCUGGGUAAUUUGAUAUAAGCACGUUGUGAUGUACAUAGUAAUUAUUUAAUUUUUUGUGGCUUUUGUUUGAAAAAAAAUAAUUGGAGGUUUUCCAUUUGAAGAACAUUAAUAUUAAUUACAUUAGAAAUAUUUUUUGAUUCAGAAUUUAGAAUUGUGCCUGAUGUUUAUAGGUAGCUAAACCCUUUUUUGCAAGUUUUAGUACUGAGAAAAGUACUUUGCUUUAAGCUGUGAGGAUACAAUUUGGAAGAAUAUGUAACUGGAUUAGUUCAUAAAAUGGUAUCAAUAAAGAU